AAUAGAUGUUUAACUGUAAUAGCUGGUAUUUUAGAAGAUCCUACUUUUAAUCAUAUAUGUUUUAUUGCUGAAAGUUUAUCUACAUUAUUACCAAAUUUUCAUUAUAGAAGUAUUAGUAAAAGUUCUUUAAAAUGGGAAGUAAGUUAAUAUUAUAUUUUUAUUUAUAAAUGCAAUUCAAUUUAAAAAUUAUUUUUAGUCAUGGUUAAAAGAAACUUGUGAACUUUAUAAAUGGACUCACACUAAAUCUCCUCUAAUAUGGAGAGAAAUUGGACUUAGUCAAACUCAUGUAAAUUAUAUUGGAAGUAGUUAUCAAUUUUGGGAAUUGUUGCAUAAAUAUUAUAACAUCACAUCAUAUUUAAAUAAAGAAGAACUUGAUGCAUUACAAGCAGAUUUAUUAAUUGCUCAUAAUGUAAAAAGACAAAAAAGCAAAAAUUUACAAGUACAAGAAAAAUGUCGUAGAAUAAUGAUAAUAGGAGCAGGAAGAUCUAUGUGUCCAGAUCUUGUAUCUCAGUUAUUAAUGACAAAAGAACUCUGGAUGAGUCAUGGAAUUGUUAUUAAUUUAUAUGAUCAACCAGGAUGUUUUUUUAAACUUAGGAGAAUUUUUAAAGAUGCAAGAACAAUAGGUGCUGGUUUAAAUACAGUAAAUAUCGUGGAAAGUAUUCCUGAUGGAUUGAAAAAUUGUGAUAUAUUAAUUUAUCUUGAUAGUUUUAUGCGAGAAGAUAAUGAAGGGACAGACAAUUGGUUGCAACGUAAUUAUAAAAUUAUAGAAAAUUUAUCUGCAUAUAUAAAUGAAUAUGCACCUUCACAUAUGAAGAUAAUAUUUUGUUCAAUGAGUCUUCCAUGUUUUUAUGCUAAUAUUAUGCUUGAACUUGUUACAAAAUUAUCAAGUACAAAUAUUGUAGUUGCUAGUGCUCAUUAUGGUUUGGAACUUAUACAUACAUUUGUGAAUUCAUUCGGUCUUACUCAUCAAAAUUUUGGUUGUCCACCUAUUUGGGGUUUCUUAGGAGUCAAUCAUUUUGUAGAUGUUGAUCAUAUGAUUCAAAAGUAUGAUAUAUAUUAUCCACAUAAAAAAACUUUAAAUUCAAAUAAAACUAUAAUACCAUUUAGAAUCAAAUAUUCAGAAUUAAGAUGGUUUUUUUACAUGUCACAUGAUAAAGAUCCAUAUAAAAAUCAUUUUAAACGUAAGGCCCUUGUUCGAUAUCAAGUAGGCAGAUCAGAAGAUUUUCCAAAAUGUAGAGCUAUUUGUGAUCUUUUGAAAUUAUGGUAUAGCAAAAAAAAAAGCAUUGGAGAUGAAAUUAUAUCAUUGGGAAUCGCAUCUGAUGGUUCAUUUGGUAUACCAAAGGGAUUAGUAUUUUCACAACCAGUAUAUUUGAAAGAAUGUGAAGAUGGCACACGAAAAUGGAUUCCUUUCAAGGAUUUUCCAAUGCCAAAUAUGCCAAUUUCUAUAUUUCAAAAUUUUAUAGAUACUGCUAUUAAUAUUAAGGAAAAAAUAAUUAAAUUAAAAAAUGAAAUUGAUAUAACGAAAAUUUAAUUACUUAUUUAAUAAUUUACUUCUCAAGAAAUUCUUUUUUAUUAAAAAAAUUAAUUAUAAUUUUAUUGUAUUGUGUAAUACAUAAAAAUACUAAAUUAUUUAAAUUUAUUAUAUAAUAUAUAUGUAUAUUAAUCAUUAUAUGCACAUAAUUAUUAAAAUUGCAUAAUUUUAUAAAUGAUAUUUCAGUGCAUUGCAUUAAAAUAAUUCAAAUAAAAAUUAUUUUUUAAAUAUUUAAAAAAUUUUAAAUAUUAAUGAUUUGCAAAUUAAUUAUGUAAUAUUGAAAUUAUUUUAAAAAUACAAAUAUUAUUAAUAAAAAACAUAAGAAGAAUAAUAAAGUUUCUUAAAAUAAAUUUAUUACCUAAUAAAUACAAUUGAAUAAAUUAGUUAAGUAAAGUUAGCUAUUGAUCGUUUAAAAAAAAUUAUAUUUUAUCAUGAUAUUUUUCACAAAAAGAUAAUUAUGGGAAUAAUACUUUUCACCAUGCAUAAUAAUGUACUCGAAUUUAAUGUUAUAGUUUUUUUGUAUACAGAAAAUGAUAUAACAAGUUAUUACCAGCUUAAAAUCUAUUGUUAACAACUGGUAAUCCAUACCAUUUUAUAUUUAAUAGACAAUUCUUUAUACAGGAUGUUAUGUCACAAUGCUAGACAAAUGUAUAAUACAUAUCGUAUUAUCAUGAUUAUUUUAUCCCCAUCAUUGAAAUAGUGUACAAUAUAACUGUAUAGCUAUUUUUUUUUCAAACGAUUAUUGCCAAAAUAAUGAAAAUGCGUAAAAAAAA